AGAAGAUCAAACAACCAAAACUUCAGAUGGUUUUUUCACUUCUUCUGCUCUGCACAACAAUAUCGUUGAAAGCAGUUCCUGCUCUCACAAAAGCUAUAGCAGAAUCCUCGGAUUUAGCAAACUUCAUAAAUGAGACAGAUAGUGAGAUGACGUCAUCACAAAUCGAAUCUUCAACUCAAAUACCUUCUUCAACAAUGAAUCCUUCAACUAAACUUCCUUCUUCAAUGCGUGGAAAGGAUUUACAUUGUCCUAGUAUUGAGAAUGCCGUUAGCUCAUGUCCAAAAGACUCCAAAUGGGUAUACUACACGUGCUGUGGCGGAGCCAAUAUGUAUUGCUGUGAGCAUAUUCAGACAUGGCUACUCUCUUUUCUUGCUGUCAUAAUUGUUUUUCUCUCAAUCUUCCUCAUUGGUUGCUGCGUUCGCUGUUGCUGCAGUUACAAACGAAAGACACAACAAAGCUACAGUUUCGAUGAUAAAUGAUGAUAAAGACUGGAACAAUACAAUGAAGAAAGUAUUUAAUUCGAAACAAUUCGUUUUCCAAAAUCCAUGGCACAGUUUUCGAUUGUAUCAAUAAAUCAUCUGAGAAGCUCUUCUUCCAAUGAAUCCAUUAUCAUCUUUUUCAUAUUUCUUCGUAUUCCCCUGAAAUUAUUUCAAUUAGAAAAAAAAAAGAAUAUCCUGUAAAAUUA